UCAAACAUCUUUGCAUGCAUCAAUUCAUUUUCGUCUGCUAGCCCCAGUUGUUUAUUAACAAGUGGCGCGAAAUUAAAUUACGCGUGACGGUUGUUUGUGUUUUCGUGAAAUCGUUGGAUAGUAAUAUAUUGUUGCUGUGUUUUCAGUCAAACAAAUUGAUGUAAUUUUGAUGAAAAUAGUUCUCAUAGCUAUAAGUUAGUGUUUGGAUAUGUUAGUAAAGUACGAUUAUAACCAAAGUCAUUUGUAUAACUGUGAUAUAGGAAUGUAAGGUUAAUUUUUGUGAAUUGAACAAUUUCUUCAUCAAUAUUAUGCACACAGUUAUUAGAUUCGUUUAAAUAUUAUAAUGUUAUAACUGUUAUUUAAUAUACUAUAGAUUUAUGUAAAAUGAGUUUUGGGAGGGCAGUAAAAUUUAAGUUUUUGUUGUAAGGGCAGAAUGUUUCCCAGCAUUUUAUUUCAGUUAUUACUUCUACAAUAAAAUUCCACAAAGGAAUGGAAAUUUUAAUAAUUAAAAUAUGAGUGUUAGUUCAAAUGACAGCCUGGGGUUCCAUGCCCGCAUGACCAGACUUGAACUUAAAUUAAAGCAAAGUGAAGAUGAGCGCCUUAAUUUGGAAGAGAAGUUCAAUACUUUACUCAGGAACAGCAAGACAGAAGAAUCAAUGAGGCUGAGAGAGCAGUAUUUGUGUCUACUAGAAUUGGACCGAGUGCGAUGUGAGCGCAAUGAUACAAUUCUGCGGACACUCAACCGAGUGGAAACUCGGGCUUCCUCUCUGACAGCUAAGACGGAUCGACUGAGAGUUCUUAGGCGCUGUUGUGAAACAUAUAUGAAUCGACACUAUCAGGACUGGAACAGAAGUGAAAUCUCGUUUUCGAGUACAGUGGGGUCAGUGAGUGAUAUUCAUGAACUAUCAACCUCACGCCCUGUUAGUCCCUCACCUAGGAUGGCUUCUCCCUCGCCACAUUUCUCCCGGACACCCACGCUCACUCGCAGAGGCUCUUUAAUAGUGCCUGAUUCGGAAUUACUAGAAUCGUCAAGAUUUAAAUUUCCAAGUGAAAUGAGUGUGGACUGAAC